UUCCCAUCGAUCGCAUUCUCACCGAAUCAAAUCCAAAAGAGCAAAUUUACAAUCUUGCGAACUCCUAAAAUGGCUCGUACCAAGCAAACAGCUCGUAAAUCCACCGGAGGAAAGGCACCAAGGAAGCAACUCGCGACCAAAGCUGCGAGGAAAUCAGCUCCAGCCACCGGAGGAGUGAAGAAGCCACACAGAUUCCGUCCAGGAACGGUGGCGUUGAGAGAAAUCAGGAAGUAUCAGAAGAGUACUGAGCUUUUGAUCCGUAAGCUUCCGUUCCAGAGAUUGGUUCGUGAGAUUGCUCAAGAUUUCAAGACGGAUCUGAGGUUCCAGAGCAGUGCCGUCGCAGCUCUUCAGGAAGCAGCUGAGGCUUAUCUUGUUGGGCUCUUUGAAGAUACUAAUCUCUGUGCGAUUCAUGCUAAGAGGGUUACGAUUAUGCCUAAGGAUAUCCAGCUUGCGAGGAGAAUCAGAGGAGAGAGGGCUUAAGUGAACGAAGAUGAUGAAGAUUAAGAAGACUAGUCGUUUAGUUAUGGAUUAGCUUGUUUGGUUUCAAUGGAUAUGUAAAGCUGUCUCUUUUCGUUUUCGAGUGUUAUUAGUUUUUUACUUAGAUGUGUCUUCCAGAUGUUCGAUGAAAUGCCUAAAGGAAAUUUUAAUCUACUGUUGUCUAAUCUUUUGAUUCGUUCUGUCGAUCUCCAUAUUUCUGCCACGCUUAAGAAUCGUUUAUCAACGGAAGAGUUAAUUUUUUGCUCGAUGAAAUUGUCCAAAUUGAUUUGCAAUAGUAGCUGCUUAGGG